CGGAGCGGCCUGCAAGAGCCCAGGGGACAGCGGCUAGGAGCUUGGACCGCCCAGAGGUCCCGCCCGACGUCCGCCAGCUCAGUACAAAGGCAGUUUUUGGUUCGACGCAAACAGACCCCGGGCCGGGGUUUUCCUCGAAAGCCCUCGCCCCCGCCCUUGGCUUCGGAGGACAAAGAGCACCGGACGGAGCUACACCCUGGGGGCUCUGGGACAGGCCAUGGUCAUGGAAGUGGGCUCCCUGGACGCCGGAAGCCUGCGGACGCUGCUGCGGGAGCGCGCGGCGCACUGCCUGCUGCUCGACUGCCGCUCGUUCUUUGCUUUCAACGCCGGCCACGUUGCCGGCUCGGUCAACGUGCGCUUCAGCACCAUCGUGCGGCGCCGGGCCAAGGGCGCCAUGGGCCUGGAGCACAUCGUGCCCAACUCGGAGCUGCGGGGCCGCCUGCUGGCCGGCGCCUACCACGCCGUGGUGCUGCUGGACGAGCGCAGUGCCGCCCUGGACUGCGCCAAGCGCGACAGCACCGUGGCCCUGGCCGCGGGCGCGCUCUGCCGGGAGGCGCGAGCCACACAAGUCUUCUUCCUCCAAGGAGGAUAUGAAGCAUUCUCGGCUUCCUGCCCGGAGCUGUGCAGCAAACAGCCGACCCCCAUGGGGCUCAGCCUCCCUCUGAGUACUAGUGUGCCUGACAGCGCUGAUUCAGGGUGCAGUUCUUGCAGCACCCCGCUCUACGAUCAGGGUGGCCCAGUGGAGAUCCUGCCCUUCCUGUACCUGGGCAGCGCCUAUCACGCCUCCCGCAAGGACAUGCUGGAUGCCUUGGGCAUCACUGCCUUGAUCAAUGUCUCCGCCAAUUGUCCUAACCAUUUCGAGGGCCACUACCAAUAUAAGAGCAUCCCGGUGGAGGACAACCACAAGGCGGACAUCAGCUCCUGGUUCAACGAGGCCAUCGACUUCAUAGAUUCCAUCAAGAACGCUGGCGGAAGGGUGUUCGUCCACUGCCAGGCAGGCAUUUCCCGGUCAGCGACCAUCUGCCUGGCUUACCUCAUGAGGACUAACCGAGUCAAGCUGGACGAGGCCUUUGAGUUUGUGAAGCAGCGGAGGAGCAUCAUCUCCCCUAACUUCAGCUUCAUGGGCCAGCUGUUGCAAUUCGAAUCCCAAGUCCUGGCCCCACACUGCUCGGCUGAGGCUGGGAGCCCUGCCAUGGCUGUGCUCGACCGAGGCACCUCCACCACCACUGUCUUCAACUUCCCCGUCUCCAUCCCUGUCCACUCCACGAACAGUGCCUUGAGCUACCUACAGAGCCCCAUCACGACCUCUCCCAGCUGCUGAAAAGCCACGGGAGGUGAUCCCAGGACACCCGGCUGUCCUCCAGGCAGAGGAAGAAAGGCACUAACUCCUCCAGGAAGGGGACUUGGGAGGGCUGGCCCCUAUUUAUUUAAUUUCACUCGACUGGCUUCCACUGGGUUCCUAAACAGCCACAAGGGUGAUGACUUCGAGGCAAGGCCAUUACUGACCUCAGCGAAUUCAGGGCCAAUCUACUGUGGGUACAUCAAUCCCUCUGACACAAAGGGACAGAAGAGAAAGGACUGUACACGAGCCGGUUUCUUUUUGCUUGUCCCUGUUUUUUUUCUUUUGUAGCCACUCUUCAUGCUUGACAUACCUAACCAGUAUUACCAUUCCUGACGACACAUAUACACAUGAGAAUAUACCUUAUUUAUUUUUGUGUAGGUGAUCUGCCUUCACAAUGUCAGCGUCUACUCUUAGAGAAACCAAAUACCUCAAUUUUUGUGUUCUAAGUACUGUAACAUCCUGUAAAUAGAUCCGAAGCAGGUUUGUUUUCGUCACUGAUAGGAAACAUCAGUGUUGUUCUGUUUCGUUUUUUUAGUUGCCAACAGUUGUAUGUUUGCUGAUUAUUUAUGACCUGAAAUAAUAUAUUUCUUCUUCUAAGAAGACAUUUUAUUACAUAAGAAUGACCUUUUUUAUACAACAGAAUAAAUUAUACUAUUUCUAUUGAA